AUGGAUUCUGAUAUUUGUAGGGAUAUGUCUACAACAAAUAUCACUUUCAUAGCUGACUUGGAUGUAACAAGGGAUGAUUUGAGUAUCAAGGUUCGUGUCAUAAACCAUUGGAAGCAGAUGUCUUUCUACAACAAGAAUGAAAUAUGGUCCAUUGAAUUAAUCUUGGGGAGCAAAAUACAAGCAUCUGUCCCUAAAAAAUUCCUCUAUCGAUUCAAGAAAAAAUUAAAAGAUAGGAAGUCAUAUUACAUCACAUCUCCAAGCUUUGCAGCUCUGGAGCCUAAUACUUUUAGCGGGCCUAAAUUUGGUUUUUCUUUUGUUGAUUUUCAAUAUGUGCUGUCAAUGGUUCAUCCUCAAAAUUUGUCACUCGAUGUUAUUGGAUUGGUUGUUGCUGUUGGGGAAAUGGCAAGAGAAAGCACUGAUAAGUCCAAACACAAGAUUUACAUCCAUAUCCAGAAUGAAAAUGGUUUGGAAAUACGUUUGACCAACAGUUUGUCUAAACCGAAGAGUGUGUGGGAAAACACAUGGGAAUAUCUGCCAGAUGGAAUUCUUUAUACUCAACAACAGAGAUUAAAGUCUCCAGCUUUAUCACUAAACGAAGAUCAAAUUAAAAACUUGACUUUGUUUGAGAUAGAACAAAUUUUACUCCGAAACAACACCAGUCUCAAGAACUAUAGAAGGAUGCCUUACCCUGAUGCUGAUUCAGUUUCAUCUUCAAACAAUCGUUUGAUAACUGAGGAGCUCGAUUAUGACAUACCAAAUUUAAAGAAUGAGUUUGAUCGUCUUUUUGUUUCAUUAACAGACGAGCAACGCAACAUUUUCCUUGAUAUCAUGACUACGGUUAAAGAUAAUAAGGGAGGUGUAUUCUUUAUUUAUGGUUAUGGUGGAACGGGUAAGACAUUUCUUUGGAAGACAAUUUCUGCAGCCAUUAGAUUCAAAGGUGAGAUUGUUUUAAAUGUAGCUUCAAGCGGGAUCGCUUCAUUAUUAUUGACUGGAGGCAGGACAGUACACUCUCGGUUUAUAAUACCCAUUAAUCUUAACGAGGAUUCUUACUAUAGAAUAAAUCCAGAUAGUGAUCUUGCAAAUUUAGUAAGAAAAACCUCAUUGAUCAUCUGGGAUGAAGCACCUAUGGUACACAAGCAUGCAUUUGAAGCUUUAGAUCGAACUUUGAAGGAUAUAUUACGACGUUUCAAUCCUACGAACUCGAAUACUCCAUUUGGAGGGAAAGUGGUUGUUUUUGGAGGUGAUUUCAGACAAAUUAUGCCUGUUGUUCCGGGUGACAGUAGACAAAACAUUGUUAAUGCUUCUUUAAGUUCUUCAGAAGGUAAUCUUGGUGGUCUGAAUGAUGGUGAAGCAAUUGUUGAUAUUCCACAAGAUAUUCUUAUUAAUGAUCCAUGUUAUUUUCAGGAAAGAGCAAUACUUUCUCCCAAAAAUGAAGUUGUCCAAGAAAUAAAUGAUCGUUUGCUAAAAUUGAUUCCAGGAGAGGAAAAAGAAUAUUUAAGUUCAGAUAGCCUCUGCCAAUCCGAGUUUGUUCAUAAUAAAGUUGAUUGUAAUUUAUAUUCGCCUGAUAAAAAUGGUUUAUGCAAUGGCACUAGACUACAAGUCAAAUCUUUGGACAAACGUGUUAUUGAGGCAGUCAUCAUAUCUGGAAGUAAUAUUGGAAACAAAACUUUUAUUCCAAGAAUGUCUUUAACUCCUACUAAAGACAAGAUCCCGUUUAAAUUCCAAAGAAGACAAUUUCCAUUGGUUGUAUGUUUUGCAAUGACAAUUAAUAAAAGCCAAGGACAGUCUUUGUCGAAGGUUGGUCUGUUUCUCAAAGAACCCGUUUUUACACAUGGCCAAUUACUUGGGAUUGUAAAGGAAAGAUUUAUUGGAGUUGUUUACAUGUUGGAUACAUCUUUUUUGACUCUUAAAACCGCCAUCGAUAUUGUAUUUUCCAACAACUUGAGUAUGGCUCAUGUGAGGGGGCAAGAUUAUGAUAGAGCAAGUAAUAUGAGUGGUGCAUUCAACGGUUUGGAAUCUUUGAUUUUAUAG